AUGAAAUGUGACCUCUGCAUUUCACCCAUCACCAAAGAGAGCAGGUGUGUCUGUUGUUUCACCUCGUUUUCACCUACUUUUUCUAACAAUGACCCAAACUGCAUUUCAGGCAACGUGAAGAAAUGCAGUUCUAAGAAGAUGAAGUCAUCAGAGAGGCUGAACCGAUAUCUGCAGGACGUCUCUCCUCAUGUGUCACUGGAAGAGAUCAAACAGCGAAAAGUGCUCGACCUCAGAAGAUGGUACUGCAUCAGUCGGCCUCAGUACAAGACCUCAUGUGGAAUAUCCUCUCUGGUUUCCUGCUGGAACUUUCUAUACAGCACUCUGGGUGCAGGAAGUCUUCCACCAAUCUCUCAAGAGGAGGCUCUGCACAUCCUGGGGUUUCAGCCACCAUUUGAAGAAAUCAAAUUUGGUCCUUUCACCGGAAAUGCUACUUUGAUGCGGUGGUUCAGACAAAUAAAUGAAAAUUUCCGGGUGCGAGGCUGCUCCUACUUUCUUUAUAAACCACAUGGAAAACACAAGACAGCAGGAGAAACAGCUGAAGGAGCGCUGAUGAAACUGACCCAGGGACUGAAGGAUGAGUCUAUGGCUUAUAUUUACCACUGCCAGAACCACUACUGUUGCCCAGUGGGCUUUGAAGCUACGCCGCUAAAAGCAGCAAAGGCAUACACAAUGGAAACCCUGGACCUUAUGUGGGGCACCACACGAGCGAUUCACUGUAAAAAGUGGUUGGACAUCGUUACUGACCUCAACACGCAAAACCCAGAAUUCCUGGAUAUUCGUCAUACAGAGAGGGGGAUCCAGCAUCGCAAAACCAAAAAGGUGGGCGGCAACCUGCACUGUAUCAUGGCGUUCCAGAGGGUGAACUGGCAGAAGCUCGGCCCGUGGGCCUUAAAUUUUGAGAACCUGCGUCACGAUUUCCACCAUUCCAGCACAGAUCGAGCCCACAGUCAGGCGUCAGAGGACACAGGGGAAAGGACACCGGGGAAACGCCUGGGCCAAUAUGGACGUUCGCACAGCAUUGGAGGUCAGAAAGACACAAGCUGGAAACGCCAGUCUAACACUGCAGACUACAGACACAGAGCCUCCCCGGACGGCGACCUCAAGGAAAUCACUGACUAAAAAAAAAGGGUCCAACGGGUCUACGUGAUAAGUAGAGUGACAGUGUGGAGACACCAAGAUAGACAUUUCUCUGAAGACAAAGCUGCUAAAAAAACAGGCAAAAAUGACAUUUUAUAAUCUGUAAAACAUUUUUACAUCUGUAGUUUAUUUAUGUACUUCCUUGAACAGGCAGAGAUGUACCAACGUGUACCACAUCUGCAAGUCGAGUGGGGAACUGUUUGAAAAAGAUCUGAAAUCAACUUUUUUCCACAUCAGGAACACUAAUUAAUACUGUAAAUACAACAAGGAAGGUACAGCACUGUAUAUCAG